AUGUUUAUACUUCUUCAGUCAUUUCUACUUCUUUUAACCAGUCUAUUAUACUAUAAGGGUUCUACUAAUCCUAACUUAAGCUCCAAAGAUGAUUACACUCCAUCUGAAGGCCUUGGUUCUAAAUAUGCAGUCAAAUUGAUGCCCCAAAUCGGUCAACUUUUCGUAUGGUCAUCGACACUAUACCAAUCGCUGUAUCUCUUCCUGCAGGCUUUCUCACCAACUGCAAUAACGAUGUUUUUCCCACAGGCAUCAGCAUCAGUCCAUCUUCUAUCACUUACAUCAAUCUCGAUGGUUGGCUACCUCUUAAUGAUUGUCGGUGGUCUGGGAAGACUAUGGUGUUAUAGAACAUUAGGGAGGUUUUUUACAUUUGAAAUAACUAUUCGCAAUUCUCAUAAGUUAAUCAAGACUGGCCCAUAUGCCUAUGUACGUCAUCCAUCGUACACAUUUGCUUUUAUGUUAACGACUGGAAUGUUUCUUGUGCAUCGAAGAAUAGCAAACUUCUUUCCCGAUACGUACCGAUUAAAAGGAUUUAUGCUGAGUCCUGUUUGUGCUGUGACAUUCUGCGUGGUAUUCUACUUGCUUCUUUUGAAACGUGUUACAACUGAAGAAAAAGCGUUAGCCAAAGCAUUCGGCAAAGAAUGGAAUGAAUAUACAUCAAAGACAAAACGAUUUAUACCCACGAUUAUCAUCGAUAAUAGCAUACUGGAGUUGCAUAUAACCAAAGCAUGGAUUACCAUCGAAUGCAAAACAGACAAUAACAUCUAUCGUUAA